AUGAGUUCCUAUAGAGCUGAUCGUUCGUGGAUGUAUAAUAGACUAGUGCCAAGUCGAAAAGGAGUCACUACUGAGUUCAAAGAAGGUGUGCGUCAAUUUGUAGAGUUUGCAUUAAUGCAACCCGACUUUGUUUCUGAUGGAAGUAUAAGGUGCCCAUGUUCAAAAUGUGGAAAUAGUAGUGGAUUUCUUAAACCUCAUGAUAUUAGAGCACAUUUAUACAAUAAUGGUUUCAUACGUAACUAUUAUCAAUGGGAAUCACAUGGGGAGCCUUUUGUACCAAUUUCUAGGCUUCAACAUAAUACCAAUACAGGCGAUGGAAUAGGUGCUGAUAAAUCACCAAUAAAUCCAUACCGAGCUAUGGUCGUGGAUGCAAUUGGUCCUAGUUUCAACUUUGAUAGUGAUGGAUUUGAUUUGGAUGGUGAAGAAGAAGAAGAACCUCCUAAUCGAAAUGCUCAAGAAUUUUUUGAUAUGCUAAAAGCUUCAGAAGAGCCACUGUUUGAUGGAUGUGUGACUCAUUCUCAGCUAUCAGCGGUGUGCAGGUUGCUGAACAUUAAGUCUGAGUGUAACAUGAGCGACAAUUGCUAUAAUCAAAUUUUGCUAUUUUUGAAGGAGCUCUUACCCGAAGAUGCUAAGUUACCCAAUGAUUACUAUAGGACUAAACAAAUGGUUGCAAAACUUGGGCUAGGAUAUGAAAAGAUAGAUGUAUGUCCAACAGGUUGUAUCCUAUAUUACAAGGAUAACAAAGACAAAAGAGACUGUCCAAAGUGUGGUCAACCACGCUAUAAGCCUAAGAAAAGAGGCAAUGGAAGGCAAAAAGAUGUUCCAUAUAAAGUAUUGCGUUACUUUCCAAUAACUCCGAGAUUACAGAGGCUAUAUAUGUCAACAAAGAUAGCUGAACAUAUGAUAUGGCACUGGAAAUAUCGUCGUGAACCUGGGGUAAUGAGUCAUCCAAGUGAUGGAGAGGCAUGGAAAAAAUUUGAUCAGUGCCAUCCUAGCUUUGCAAUUGAGCCUCGAAAUAUUAGGCUUGGACUUGCAGCUGAUGGGUUUAGUCCUUUUGGGCAGAUGGCCCAUCCUUAUUCUUGUUGGCCAGUAGUCAUCACACCGUACAAUCUUCCGCCCGGAAUGUGCAUGAGUAGCCCUUACAUGUUCUUAAGUCUUCUCAUUCCUGGUCCCAAAAGUCCGGGGAAGAAUAUAGACUUAUACUUACAACCUCUUAUUGAUGAAUUGAAGAAAUUAUGGGUUGACGGGGUUGAGACUUAUGACUCUCAUAAGAAACAGAAUUUUCAAAUGCGAGCUGCACUUAUGUGGACUAUUAAUGACUUCCCAGCUUAUGGAAUGUUGUCUGGCUGGAGCACACACGGUCUUUUGGCAUGCCCUUGUUGUAAGGGGAAGAGUAAGGCGUUUCAUUUAAAAUAUGGGAGAAAGGGUUCAUUCUUUGAUUGUCAUCGUCAAUUUCUGCCUAUGGGUCAUCCAUUUCGGCGGGACAGAAAAUCAUUUUUAAAAGGAAGGGUUGAGCACGGUGCUCCUUCUCCUAGGUUGUCUAGUGAAGAAGUUUGGAACAAUGUGCGUGGCUUACCAAAAAUAUUUGAUGACCACACCUCCAAUAAGUUGCCAGGGUUUGGGGAUCAACAUAACUGGACAAAACAAAGCAUUUUCUGGGAAUUACCAUAUUGGCACACAAAUAUUAUUCGGCAUAAUCUUGAUGUGAUGCAUAUCGAGAAAAAUGUAUUUGAUAAUAUAUUCAACACAAUAAUGGAUGUAAAGGAUAAAACGAAAGACAAUUUAAAAGCUAGAAAGGAUGUGCAGACUUAUUGCAAUCGUCCAGAGCUUGAAUUGAUGGAGCAUGAAGGAAAGAUUUUGAAGCCAAAGGCAGCCUAUUCAUUGACAAAAGAACAAAAAAAGUUGAUAUGUGAAUGGGUCAAAAGUUUAAGGUUUCCUGAUGGUUAUGCUUCCAAUUUGUCUAGAUGUGUAGACAUGGAUGAUUGUAAGUUAUCAAGGAUGAAGAGCCAUGAUUGUCAUGUGUUUCUAGAAAGGUUGCUACCAAUUGCAUUUCGAGAAUUUUUGCCAGAGCCAAUUUGGAAUGCCUUAACAGAGAUUAGCUUAUUUUUUAGAGGUUUAUGUGCACCUGUGUUAGAAGUAGAAGAUUUACGUAAGCUUGAAGAAAGCAUAAAAGUUACAAUUUGCAAGCUGGAGAAAAUAUUUCCUCCUGGUUUCUUUGAUCCCAUGGAACAUUUGCCAAUUCACUUACCAUAUGAAGCAAUAGCUGGUGGCCCAGUGCAAUUUCGGUGGAUGUACCCUUUUGAGCGGGAGCUUCACGUUCAUAAGAAGAAAGUGAAAAACAGAUCUCAUGUCGAGGGAUCAAUAGCUGAAGCUUAUAUCAUUCAAGAAAUUUCAACAUUCAGUUCCCAUUAUUUCCAGCCUAAUGUGCAAACUAGGCUGAACAAAGUGACUCGAAAUGAUGAUGGAGGUGAAGUUGAUGCACCUGAUGGUUGUCUAUCCAUCUUUGUGCAUCCAGGACGUCCGAGUGGGGAGAUGAACAAACGCUAUUUGUCCGAUAAGGAGUGGGAUGCAGCACGAAUGUAUGUUUUGUUAAAUUGUGAGGAGGUUCAGCCAUUCGUCCAUAUCUUUGAAGCUGAAUUGAAAAGGCAUUCAGAGAACAUUAGCCUUGAGGAAAUUGAUAAAGAGACGAAUAGUAGAUUUGCCAACUGGUUUGAAGCUUAUGUUCUUAAUCCAGCUAACAACAUAAUUGAUGAGCGGUUGAAAGACUUGGCUUCUGGUCCUUAUAAGUGGGUGCAAACAUGGCCUCAGUAUUUUACGAAUGGCUAUAGGUUCGACAUUCUUACUUAUGGCUCUAACAAAUCAACUAUGAAUAGUGGUUUGUGCAUAAAAGGGACAAGUUGGAGUGACUAUGAAAGUGACUACUAUGGAUUGCUCGUUGAUGUGAUACAACUAGAGUAUCCUAAUCCGACAAAGAAGAGAACUACUCUAGUGUUGUUCAAAUGUGAUUGGUUUGAUCCAACAAUGGGCCGAGGGUGGAAGGUUCAUAAUCAGUAUGGUCUAAUUGAUAUCAACCAUAAGAAAAGGUUCUCAAGCUAUGCCUAUGAACCUUUUGUGUUGGCUGAACAAGCGCAACAAGUCUAUUUUUCAGAAUAUCCCAGUAAAAAGAAAGAUAUUGUUGACUGGUGGGCAGUGUGUAAAAUAAAAGCUAGAAACCGAAUUGAUUCCCCAAAUGUCCUGUACCAAGAAGAAGAGACUUUACCCGCAUUAUUCCCAAUUAUCACUGAUGAUCUUGAUAGCUUGCGUCAUGAAAAUGGUGAAGUGGAAGUACAUGACGUUGAAAAAGUGACUGUUGAAAAUGAAAGCGCGCACAAUAUUGAUGCCAUUGAAGAUGAUGAAGAGAUAGAAGAAUCUGAUUUUGAAUCGUCUGGUUUUGAGCAAUAUUUUAGUGAAACUGAUGACAGUGAAUAA